AUGUAUAACAUUGUUACUCUACAGGAAAUUAGGAAGAGAAGGAACGUAAACGUCACUGCAGUCGCCUAUGUGGAAAGCGAUUUAAAUUCUUGCUCUAUGCCGAGCAGUAGUAUCAGAAGUUUAUGUGGCAUGAGUUAUACUUCUCCGACAAUUAUGGUCAAGAGACUUGAUAAAGCGAUGACGCUGAUUGCAAACUCUUUCUCUACCUUACAAGUAACGCUAGGAAGUACCUGUAGUAGUGCGGUAAAGCAAAUUUUAUGUACAGGAGCAUACCCGAGAUGUUCAAGUGAUUCUACUGUCGCUACAUAUGGAAGUAUUGCUAGUGGGUGUAGCGGGCUUAGCUCAUGUCCCGCCAAUACUAUCAGUUUAAAUGGACAGACAGGAACUCAGAUAUGUACUUUAUCAGGGAGACAAAUCAGUUUAACUUCCUGUGGAAGAUAUAGCAUGAAUUCAUUGAAUUCGUUUCAAUGCGGAACAUUACCUUCGAAUAUUACUUUUCCAACUUGGUUGAUACCUGAGCUGCCAGGUCAAAAUGCUGCUAUUACCAACUUGAGAAAUACUUUAAGUAGGGCUGGAAUUGGAACCAGCUGCACUAAUAGGUGGGUUAGAAUCUCAUGCCGCAAUGUACCCUUUUGUAGCAGUGAUUCAAAAAAGCUUCUCGGUGUAAUAAGCAGACAAGAAUGUGAAGCUGCGAUCAAUUGCUUGCCAAAUAAUGUACAAGCGGCUCUCAAGCUACUUUAUGAAUGCAGUAUUUUUCCUGAUCAAAAUGCACAAACCUAUGCAGUGCCUCCAAAUCAAGGAUAUACUAAUCAUGCGUCAUCAGUUGUGAUCUCUUUAAGCAUCAGUGGUUUUUUAUAG